UCUCGCCACUGCCGCCUCACUGCAUCAAUUCGUCUUCAUCUCACUCCCACCCGAGGCAGGCCUCGCCUCCUCGCCGUCGUCGUCCAGCUCAUCCCCGAGCUCUUCGCCAUCGACGAGGCAAGACCAGCCACAGCUCUCUUCAAGCACAGCUCGAGCUCAUCGACGGCCCUUGCGACCGGCUCGCGCGCGCAACUCGCCCUUCUACACUUCGUCUAGCCUCAGGCACUCAGUCAUCAUGGUGUCCGAGGGCUACGCCAACUUCCUGUGCGUCGCGGCCCGCACGCUCGACUUCCUGGACCUCUUCGACGUCGACCUCGAGAAGAUGACGGCCGUCUUCAAGGGCGACCCUGCGCGUGUCUACUUCCCCGCCGACGUCCUCAAGGAUGCGGCGAGCUACGAGCAGGGCUACGAGCGCCUCAUGGCCGCUCUUCCCGUGCUCGCUGCUGGAUGGCAGCGCGAGGGCGACGACGUGGCUUCCGGCUGGAGGGAGGACGAGGGCCUCUCUGACCUGGUGCUUCUGGAGAUGAGCAAGGGCAUGAACCAGGUAGCUUCGGAGGGCUGCGUCUACUGCGCGAGCGCCAGAAAGGGCAGCACGGAAGUCCGCUUCCUCGGAGCGACGCACAUUUCGUUCGCGCUCCUCAGCCACGACGUACAGGCCGGCAACAACAACAAUCCGGCGACUGCUCUGCUCCGCCUUCAGCCCUAUGGCUACAAAGUUUACCUCUUCCCGGUCGCGUGGGCCAUGAACACGCCCGACAACAAGGAGGAGGUGCGCUCGGCGAUCCUGCACUACCUCAACGUCCUGUGCCUCAGCACGAUCAACGGACUCAACAUGCGCGUCAUGGAGCGCACUCCGGUGCCGCACCCGGACGGUCCGAUCACGCGCGACGUCAUCCAGAAGGUCAUGGACUACGCCUCGACGGCGGGUGGAGCUAGCAACCUCAACUGCGACAAGCUGCGCGAGGGCUUCAACAUGACUGAGAAGUGGCGCUCUACGCGCGAGAGCACGCCUCCGUGGACAUGCCCUACUGACGACGAGCUGCGCGACAUCGUCGCGGGCCGCAAGUAUGCCUCGUGGACGGCGGGCCACACCUCGCCCUUCGGCGGCGGUCUGGCGGCUCUGAUGACGCCGGCAGCUACGCGCCGCAGCGGCGUCAUGCCCAAGGGCGGCAUCAAGGGCGACUUCUGAGCUCAUCAGCGGCCGCGUCGAGCCUCGACUUCGCACACACGCUUCACGAUCCUGACUUCUCCUCUGCAUCUGUCACCUCUACUCUGUCUCACACGUCGCCCAUCGCGCGCUCCAUACACCUCUGUAGUGGGCG